AUGGCUAAAGUUUCAGUCAAGGCUUCGGCCAAGUCUCCCAAGAGCGUAAACACUAUUCCUCCCCAGUUGAUCGCUUCGGUUGCUGCUUUCCUCGCCGAGAACUUCCCUCAGACCGCCGCCACUUUCACCAAGGAAUUGGCCACGUCAGGCAACAAGUCUGAUAACAAGAAUGUUGCUUCCCUGCUCGACCUCUUCCAGGCCUCUGCCGUGAAGAAGGCUGCCUCGACCAACCCCGACAGCAGCGAUAGCGAGUCAGACGUUGAAAUGGGAGAUGCUAGGUCAUCUUCCUCUUCCUCUUCUUCCUCUUCCUCCUCUUCCUCCUCUUCCUCUUCUUCCUCCAGCUCGGAGAGUUCCAGCUCCGACAGCGACGCCGACGACGAGGACGAUGACAAGUCCCCCGCGGUCCCCGUCCCUGCCAAGAAGCCUUCCGGCGUGAAGCGCAAGGCCGAGUCCAGCAGCUCCUCUUCCGACUCCUCUUCUGAGUCUGAGGAUGACAGUCCCAAGGCCAAGAAAGCCAAGGUCUCUCCUAAGGAGGCUUCCAAGGAGGCUUCCAAGGACUCGUCUUCGUCCUCGUCUGAUUCCUCGUCUGAUUCCUCGUCUGAUUCAUCUUCUUCUUCGGACUCUUCUAGCUCCGACUCCGAUUCCUCGAGCUCUUCAUCCGACUCCUCGAGCUCUUCAUCCGAUUCCUCGAGCUCUUCGUCCGACUCCGACUCGUCUGACUCCGAUUCAUCCGACUCAGAAGAUGAGAAGAAAUCCAAGGUGGCAUUGAAGGAAGCAAAGAAGACCCCCCUCCCCGAGUCCGACUCCAGCGACUCCGACUCUUCAUCUGACACCAGCAACACCCUCGAAGCUGCUCCCGUCGUUGUCGAGAAGACCGUGACAUUCGAGCAGGGCCCCUCUUCAAGUGCCAGCCCUGCUCCGUUCAACGGCCAAGGCAAGAAGAAGCACACCGGAGCCCGCCCUACGCCUCUGGCUCUGCUGAGUGAACUGCCCCACGACCACCCCUCCAACGACUAUAUGUCGUACGCAUACGCAGACCGCGCCUUCCAGGAUCUCUCCGUGACUCGCGGCAAGGGAUUCACCAAGGAGAAGAACAAGAAGAAGCGCGGCUCAUACCGCGGCGGCCCUAUUGACAUCACUGGCGGCAAGUCCUUCAAGUUUGACGAUUAA